GCAGCAGCAGCAGCAACAGCGUAAUCACCAAAUACCGAGCGGGCACCUCCUUCGUCAGUCGGUCAGACAGUCUCGCUUUGCAUAGGGUAAUUUGAAUAUCGCACCGGAAAAGUGCGCGCGGAAAAUACUUUGCUUGUUUUGCGUUAGUUAUUCGAAUGUAGUACAUCGCGAUGGACGUGCGCGACGAUCCUUCAAUGUGUUAUCUCCUGUGAAUGGAUACAUUUCUUUACCAAUAGCGGAGGAACAAGAAAUAGUAGAUUUGCUACUGCUGCUACAUCCACGUUCGAAUUCGGGGGAAGUUAUUGACAAUGGAUCAUCAGCAUUACAGCGACGUAAACGAGAGGGUACAUAUCAUCAGGGAUGGCGAAUGCACGAUGGGGGUGUGCGGGGCGGACGCCGCCUGCAAACCCUUCACGAAUAACACGUACACGUGCCUCUGUCCGCACGAUUCACUUCCACCUACCAAAGACCAGAGAUGCCCUAAUAGGAUCACAGUGCCGCUUGAUCCUAGGCCUAUAGAAAAUAUUUUGCCACCGCAGAACAACGAUACGACGAAGGGAGCAGCCAAAACACCGAAACUUUUAACCAACGCCACCGAAUCUACGAUCUACGUUGUUGAACCAACAGUAGCUCCAGUGACAGAAGCCGACUCCCAAGGAGUGCAAUACAUAACUGGAACAGUUGGCGUAGUAUUCAUCAGUCUCGUCAUCAUAGUAAUCAUCUGCAAGCUCCUGAAACACCUCUCGAUGAGAAACAAAAGCUCAAAAUCGCCCUCGCCUAUAGUCUUGAAGAGGAAUCUUCUGGUAGCAGAUAGAUAUGCCCCGAAUCCCCAGUACUCGGCGUGUUCAAGCGGCCCCGUGCUACUACUGCGACAGGAAAAUCUCGAACUGCUCAAAGAAAUCGGCGAGGGAUGCUUCGGCAAAGUCUACAAAGGUGAAUUGACUAAUCAAUAUACAAACAACGUGGAUGUGGUGGCGAUAAAAGUGUUGAAGGAGUCGGCUACGCAGGAAGCGGAGGAGGACUUUCUCCGAGAGGUAGACAUAAUGAGUGCCUUCAAGCACAAGAAUAUACUAUCGCUUUUAGGCGUUGUGCAGAGAGGCGAGGCCGUAGCCAGUCCGAUAAUGGUGUUCGAAUAUAUGCCGUACGGCGAUUUGGCUGAGGUGCUUCGAAAGCAAAAGUCUCGACCAGGACCAAACGAUCAACCGGUGCCAGUUCUGACGACCAAAGAUCUUCUGUCGAUGGCACUGCAAGUAGCCGCUGGAAUGAAGUAUCUUGCCGCUCAACGAUUCGUCCACAGGGAUCUGGCGUGCAGAAAUUGCUUAGUUGCAGACGGUCCUGUCGUCAAGAUCGCAGAUUUCGGAAUGAGCCGCGACGUUUACACCUGCGACUAUUACAAGAUUGGCGGUUCGCGUCUUCUGCCGGUACGUUGGAUGUCGCCGGAGAGUGUUCUAUACGGCAGGUUCACCCUCGAAUCUGAUAUAUGGUCGUACGGGAUUGUUCUGUGGGAGAUCUUCAGCUACGGAAGGCAACCCUACUAUGGCCACAACAACGAGGAAGUCGUCAAACUCAUAUUGGACGCAGUCACACUCUUGCCGCCCGACGACUGUCCGUCCGUUAUCAGUGACCUUAUGGGGUACUGCUGGAAGGCGGAACCGCGGGACCGCAUCCGUUUCACGGAAAUUUAUGACAAACUAGAAAACUUGGGUGACGAUUACGAUAACUUCAUCUUUAACGGGGAUGUUGGAGCCGGUGAUACAGUCGCUGAGGACAUCUUCCGCGUGGAGAACGAGUGCGGGGACAGUCUGAAAAGGUUACCCCGGCCACCGCCUCUCAUCUCCAUGAUGAUUUAUCCUGAGGACGACGAUCUGGAUUUCGAGGACUACCUCGUGCCCAACCAGAUCAAGGAGCCCGUGCAAUACCUUGAGACUUUACCCGGCUGACGGAGGAGUUUGACAUUGCCGCCGGACGAGAACAGUAGGAUACGAAAAAUAUGCACAAUUGCCAUCGGCAACGUUUCGCCUGGCGGACAUCCGGUGUGACCACUGUCCGUCCGUUCAUAUCCAGUUUAUUUCGUGUGUUUCGAUGUACGGUUGAUAUCGGCAACAUUCAGAUGCCAUUUCGAUGUAUAUAAUUUAGUCAUAUAAUGAAAUUGAAUAAUUCUUGAAGAAAAGAUCCUUUGGUGGUAUAUACACAUACCUACCAUACAUUGUCACUGAAUCACCCAUCCUACCAAUUCACCUUGCAUGUAUUUAUUCUUUUAGUUUAAGCCCAAACAGCGUACCAAAGACAUACAGGGAGAAUACAUAUUAUAAAUUUAUAGUUGUAGAAAUACAUAUGAUGAUGAUUAUAGGAUAUAUUUUAUA